AGGUAUACGUACUUUAAUCGAUUCUGAACAAUUUUAUGUCAUAGUUGACGAGAAUAUAAAUUAUUCCGUUUCGACGGAAAACCAAAAACAUCAAAAAAUGCGCACUUGUUUUCAUACAAUAUGACGAGCGAGUAUGUGAUAAACAUUCUGUUACGUAUCUAACAUGUAUUUAUGAUGAUUUUUCAAAAGUUUGGUUUUCAAGAAUGUUUCACUUCGGAUACUUAACAAUAAUUGUAACAAUUUCUUUGCAAUGUGUUGUAGUCAGUCAAUGUGGUAAGUAAAUUCUUCAAGUACGUACCUACCCAUUCUCUCUUCUUUCAAACGAAUCCAACUGAACUUUUUGAAAAACUCUACUCAUUACGAUGCGAUAUAUAUGGCUUGACAAAAUUCAAGAAUCGCGAUACUCUUGUUCAUCAAUUUAUAAUUUUCAGACUGUACUUUUGAACUAUACAAAGAUAUGGAUCCUCGUUUUCAACCCGUUUAUUUCAUAAAAGACGCAAAGAAAAAAUCAUUUUCUUUGGCGACGCAAGAAUUGGUCAAAACAAGAAACCACAUCAAUGUUGAUGAAGGAAAAACACUCAUCAUCACUUGUCCAAAUAGACUAGCACAGCCGGAGAGAUUUUACGAAAUAGAUAUAUUCCUGCUGUGUGGCAAAGAUGACGAAUUUUCAGUAACAAAAGGUGCCAGUAAAAUACCACCGAAGACACCAGUAAAUAAAUAUCGCUGUGAAAACGAAACGGGAUUCCAUUUUAAAAAAGAAUCGAAUAAUAACGAAGCUAAAAAACAGUGCAAAUCGUUCGGAAAGACUUAUCAACUACACUAUAUUGGAAUAUAUGUGAGUAUGAAAAAAAAGUUUCCAUUACCAAAUUCGAUUAGCUUAAUCAUAUGCUCAAAUGUACCUACUUGCUCAUUUUUCAAGGCAAACCUGACGGAAAAAUGGCUACGAAAGUACACGCAGGAAAUGUUUCAAGCUAUUAUGACGAGAAAAAUAACAUACGAGUGGUUCACACUGUAUUCAGUAUGUUCUGCGAUUCCGGGCAUGAAUCCACAAUACACUUAUUAUACAAUUAAUGGAGAACAAGUACGUAAUCGUCAAAUGAAAGCGACAAAAUUUGAAGAUAACGAUAUGAGAGAUCCUUUUAAAUAUGCGUCACUUCAACUCUUCACGUUCAGUGAUUAUAACAAAGAAAAAAUACGGAGGCGAAUGCACGACUACCAUAAAGGAAAAUUGGAUUCUUUUUUCGACGUCGAAAAUCAUUACUUCGUUCCAAUAGCGAUGGUUCCUGAAGACGCGAUGUCUUUUUCAUCUUGGAGAUACGCAACCCAUCUAACAUCAAAUAUUGUUCCCAUAUGGAAGCAAGUUUCCUGCACUUGGAAGAACAUUGAAAAUGCAGUAAAAAAGGCUGCAAUUCAGAUUGGAUCUACUUUGGAUAUUUACACCGGAAUUUUUAAAAAAAUUAGGCUACCCACGUCAUCUAAAGACCGUACAAACGAUACUGGAACACUAGUGGAAUUCGGAGAAAGAAUGCAAAGAACCGAUGUCCCUGCAAUUUUUUGGAAACUAAUAUAUCACAAAGAAAAGAACGAGGCUAUAAUUUUCAUACUUCAUAAUGAACCAUAUCGUACGGAUAAGCCAGAUCGAAAGAAAUUUUGCAAAAGCAUAUGCAAAAAGUACGGUUGGGAAAUUGAAAACGAUAUUGUAACGUUAGGUGAUGCAUACUGUUGCGAUCCGACGGAAUUUUUCAAGAAAGCUGAUAAUUAUGAAAAGUUUCUAAAAACUUUUGAAUUUAAGAAAAUUUUGAAAUUACCUAAUUCAAAAAUAGAAAUAGAAUCCGACUAGAUAUUAUAAAUUUGUCAGUGAAAAAUCUCUGAUUACUAAUAUUCACGUGAAAUAUAUCUUCCUAUUAUCAAUCUAAUUACAAUAAUGUUGAUUGAUAUCUUUCUCAAAUAUGUUGAUAACUACGGGUUUAACGAAAUUAAGUUAACUGCCCUGCCCCGAGCCCCUGAUUUCUAGAGGGGUCUAGAAAAUUAAGGGUGUGAGAUUUUAAAAUUUCAAUUUCAACAUACUUCACAUAAACAAUUGAAUUUCAGGUUAUUGUAUUAAAGUUCAUUUCUUCCCUCCGAAUCAAUUUAAAAAAGUUUCAAACCGUUUUGAACAAUUUCGGAGCUUCCAGCACAUUUUUGAAAGUGAAUAUUUCCAUUAAAUUUUACCCCCUAACGUAACCUAACCUAACCUAUGAUAUAUAUAUUUACUUACUGUACCUACACACUUCUAAAAAAAAUUUGUACCGCUAACGAUUUUUACCCACAUUACUUUGUCUACUGGAGAUAGUCUUAGGCUGUUUUGAAGCCUCCAGAAACUUUUUUGAAAUUCCAGUUCUCGAAAAAAAUAAAUAAUAAAAAACAAAAACUAAAUACCAAAAACGUAUUUUAACCGGUUUUAAAUAAAUAAAAAUUCAAAAAUAAUUACGAGCAUUUAUUACCUUUGAUAUAUUUUUUAGCUGUACCUACUACCUACGUAACAAAAGUUCAACUAAUUGUAAGGUUUAUUGUUGUAAUGUCAAUUUUGUAUCUGGUAAUUUUAGCGUUUAUUUCUAGCUGAAACAAUCUUUUCGUGUGGCGUUCGGUGGUAACACUGACGUUCACAUGUUGUACAUUCGCCGUAGUUGUAAGUUUUAUUCUCUCUUGUCUCUCUCGUUGUAAUGGCGUUUAUGUAAUUAUA